GUGGGUUGUAAAAAAUUGUUGUUGUGUCGAGGAAAGGUAAUAAGAGUGUUGGCGUUGCUCAACUGAUAAAGGCACGAUAGAGCAGAACACAUCAGUCAAGUCUGGUCAGCCUGACACCACACGUCAACGCUGUGGCAGGAUGACAGACGAGGGGGAGCAGUUUUACAACGUCCAAGUGGGGGACUCAACCUUCAAUAUACUCAAACGCUACCAACAACUUCGUGCCAUUGGAUCUGGGGCACAGGGAAUUGUGUGCUCUGCUAUGGACACAGUUCUGGAUAUCCCAGUUGCAGUGAAGAAACUGAGUCGUCCUUUCCAGAACCAAACCCACGCCAAACGGGCCUACAGGGAGCUGGUCCUGCUCAAGUGUGUCAACCACAAAAAUAUUAUCAGACUCAUCAAUGUCUUCACACCUCAGAAAUCUUUGGAGGAUUUUCAGGACUUGUACCUUGUGAUGGAGCUGAUGGAUGCCAAUCUUUGUCAGGUUAUCCACAUGGAUCUGGACCAUGAGAGGUUGUCCUAUCUGCUCUACCAGAUGCUCUGUGGAAUUCAUCACCUCCACUCGGCUGGAAUCAUUCACAGGGACUUGAAGCCCAGCAACAUUGUGGUCCAAACGGAUUGCACACUGAAGAUUUUAGAUUUUGGCCUUGCACGGACGGCCUGCGCUAAUUUCAUGAUGACUCCCUACGUGGUGACCAGAUAUUAUAGGGCACCAGAAGUCAUUUUAGGGAUGAAGUACAAGGAGAACGUUGACCUAUGGUCUGUAGGCUGCAUAAUGGCGGAAAUGGUUCUGCACCGGAUCUUGUUUCCUGGGAAAGACUACAUUGACCAGUGGAACAAAAUUAUUGAAGUCCUUGGUACACCAUGCUUGGAGUUUAUGAGUCAACUCAUGGAAACUGUCAGGAAUUAUGUCAUGAGUAAGCCCCAGUUCCCAGGAAUCAAUUUUGCUGAGGUGCUGCCAGACUGGGCCUUCCCCUGUGAAUCUGAACAAGAUAAGCUAAAAACCAGCCAAGCACGAGAUCUUCUCUCCAAGAUGCUUGUUAUUGACCCUGAGAGAAGAAUAUCUGUGCAGGAAGCCUUAAAUCACCCCUACAUUCAGUUGUGGUAUGACCCAUCAGAAGUCAAAGCUCCACCUCCGCACAUUUCCGAUAAGCAGCUGGAUGAGCGAGAGCACAGCAUUGAGCAGUGGAAAGUGUUGAUAUUUGAAGAGAUCAUGGACUGGGAGGAUAGAAGUGAACUAAACACGGGACUGCAGAGGGAGGAGUCAUUGGACUCAGCUGUGAGCAGUGCCACAGGCAUCGUACAGUCCGCCUCCAUCUAUGACAUGUCUUCCGUGUCCACAGAGCAGACUCUUGCUUCGGACACCGACAGCAGCAUUGCGGACCCCCUCAGUGACCCGCCGGACGAGGGCCUAUGAUGGGACGCUAGAUCUCCACACUGCCUGUGGCACACAUCGGCCUCUCCCCCACACAACACCUCCCCCUGGUGUUACAUGGUUAUGCUUUGUUUUAUAUUUAUGUGGGUCUUUACUUGUGAAGUCCCAUUUUCAGCCCAAGGUGGUUCUUGGUACAGUAUCUUGCCAAUAUGAUUUCGGUCCCAGAUGUACUCUAGUUUCAUCUAGUGGCCUUUUAUACCAAGAUAGCACCACUACUGUGGAUUCCAUGAGGUGGUGCAUGUCUGAAUUACUUGAAAUAUACUUGAAGUAGACUUCAAGUAGCAAUGUGCAAUUCCAUUUUAUUUAUUCAUCUGACAAUAAUGAACCAAAGUAUUUAAUAUUAAACUGAAUUUGGCUCAGUAUGCCCAUUUUUUAUUUGAAUCUCAGUGCAGGGUGUAUCCGUAUAGGGGUGUAUAAGUUCUUCAUUAAUUUCAGGAAAUAGUUUUGUGGUAAAUCAGUUACAGCCAGUUGUGAUCAGGGUUAGAUGGAUUGGUAUGUAAAUGUCCAGUUCACUGAAGAGCUACUGACGUAGAGGUCAGAAAAACUGGCAUGGCAACUGAGAACUGAAUGUUUCUUAGCACCUGUAAACACCUGUACGCUUUCAGCACUAUUCAUAUUGGGGAGCUGAACGAAGUGACUUUGUUGAUGAUCAAAAAGUAAGCAUGCAGUCCUGCCUUCUGCCAAAAUAUUCAUUUGGUUUUACAAACCUUCAUCUUUGUUUUGUUGUUAACAAACAUGUGUGCAUGUGUGUGCUCCUGAGUAAGUGUAAUUUACCAGAGGACUCUGUGUGUGUGCAUGCCUAUUUAAUGAAUGUAAUGAUAUGAUCCACCACCACUGGACCAUAUGCUCCUUGUACUAAUAUACUGAGUACAUUCUACAUGUGAAGGACACAUUAUAUACAGUACAGGGACCCCAAAGUGGAUGUGGAUUAAAAUGAGGACAUCUCACAAGUUGAAUUGUGAAGUGUUCUGACCAUAGUAUGCAUUGUGUGUUGUGCAAUGGCCUCUAUAAAUG